GCAGUGUGGCUAAAUGAAGCUCGUUUUCGUUUUCUGCCCAAAACCCCCAUCAGGUUUUCCUUCCUGAUGGAAACAUCGACUGGUUGAGGGUGAAGUGAGACUCCAGGGGCCGCGAGGCGAGGAGGGAGCUGGCAGGCCGGGCCCGCCGACUAGGCCCGCCGCCGCCUCCGCCUCCCAAGUUCCGGGGCGGAGGAGGAAGUGCCGGCGGAGCUGCUGCCAUGGAGUCCCCCGGCCGGGCUGGCUCCCGAUGCUGCGCGGCGGCGGCGGAGUAGCAGCGGCAGCGGCGGCAGCAGCAGGCGGGGGAGGAGGAGGCGACGCGCCGCGCUCCCUUCGGGCCCCCCAGCAUGGCGGCGGCGGGGGCGGCGGCGGGGCUGGCCCUGGCCGGGGCUGGGGCCGGCGGGGGCCCGGAGAAGCAGCUGGCGCCGGCCUUGCUCAGCUUCUUCAUCUACAACCCGCGGCUCGGGCCCCGCGAGGGAGAGGAGGAAAAGAAGAUCCUUUUUUAUCACCCAAAUGAUGUAGAAAAGAAUGAAAAAAUUAGAAGUGUUGGAUUAUGUGAAGCUAUAGUUCAGUUCACAAGGACCUUUAGUCCUUUGAAACCUGCAAAAUCUCUCCAUACUCAGAAGAAUCGACAGUUCUUCAAUGAACCUGAAGAAAAUUUCUGGAUGGUUAUGAUUGUACGGAAUCCCAUAAUAGAAAAACACAAAGAUGGAAAACCAGUUCAAGAGUAUCAAGAAGAGGAGAUUCUGGACAAAGUUUAUAGUUCAGUGUUACAGCAGUGUUAUAAUAUGUACAAGCUUUUUAAUGGCACAUUCCGAAAAGCCAUGGAAGAUGGAGGUGUAAGAGUUCUGAAAGACAGACUGGAGAAAUUCUUCCACCGGUACUUGCAGACACUUCAUUUGCAGUCAUGUGACCUGCUGGAUGUUUUUUGUGGAAUCAGCUUCUUUCCAUUGGAUAAAAUGACUUACUUGAAAAUUCAGUCAUUCAUUAAUAAGAUGGAAGAAAGUUUGAGCAUAGUCAAAUAUACUGCCUUUCUCUACAAUGAUCAGCUCAUCUGGAGUGGACUGGAACAAGAAGACAUGAGAAUUUUAUACAAAUAUCUCACCACAUCUCUGUUUCCAAGGCAUAUAGAACCAGAGCUGGCAGGGAGAGAUUCCCCAAUGCAUGCAGAAAUGCCUGUAAACCUACAGCACUAUGGAAGGUUUCUCACUGGACCUCUGAAUCUUAAUGAUCCAGAAGCAAAAUGCAGAUUUCCCAAAAUAUUUGUAAACACAGACGAUGCGUAUGAAGAGCUUCAUCUAAUUGUUUAUAAGGCUAUGAGUGCAGCUGUCUGCUUUAUGAUUGAUGUCUCUAUGCAGCCUACAUUGGAGUUUUGCCGAAAACUUGACAGCAUUGUCGGGCCGCAGCUCACUGUUUUGGCAUCGGAUAUAUGUGAACAAUACAACAUCAACAAAAGGAUAUCGGGCAUGGAAUUGGCCUUUCAACGAGCUGUCUACCAGCUGUCCGAUCACCUCACUCAAGGUUGUGCUGGUGCUAGGUCAGAGAAAGAGCCUCAGUUUAAAUUUAUCUAUUUCAACCACAUGAAUCUCGCCGAGAAGAGUACAAUCCACAUGAGGAGAACGCCCAACAUCUCGCUCACCUCAGUUCACCCUGACUUAAUGAAGAUUCUUGGCGACAUCAACAAUGACUUCACUAGGGUGGAUGAUGAUGAAGAAAUCAUAGUGAAGGCAAUGAGUGACUACUGGAUUGUUGGCAAGAAAUCUGAUCAGCGGGAACUGUAUGUCAUUUUGAACCAGAAAAAUGCAAACCUGAUUGAAGUUAACGAAGAAGUAAAGAAACUUUGUGCAACACAGUUCAAUAAUAUUUUCUUCUUGGAUUGAUCUGCAAGGGGCCAACUUAUUUGAAGAUGGCUUUAAAUUAAGAUGUCUGAAAAGCAUUUUUGCUUACUGUGACAGGUUAUUAGUCAUAUUAUUGACUGGCAUAAUGACAAUAGUAAAGCAAUACUUGCUUUGUAAGAAACAUUUCUACUAAAACUGUACACUCUGAUCAUAUGAUUUUUAGAUUUUAAAGUAUUUAUGUGCAAAUUAAACUCUGAAUUAAACAUGCAUCAUUCCAUUUCUCUGAUACUGUUGUGUGAAUAUUUUACUGGAAAAAUAAAAUUAGUCAUUGUUACAGUU